AUGGAUCUCGAAUACGAAGACCACGCGUAUAUCGACUCCGAUACUGAGUCCGAUUCCUCGGAGACAACCUAUUUCAAGGAAAACAGUGGCUUUUCCCCAUCUUGUGGUCUCUGCAGGUUCAACUUUCGUAUUGAUGACAGCGUUGUUGUUUUCAGGGAAAAGUGUGAGCCUUGGACGACUACCUAUUUAGAACCUGAAAUUAAUUGGACCAUUCACUAUUGCAAGCACACAUUUCAUGCCGAAUGCGUUGAUUUGGCCCAAAAAGCAGGUUUAAUGCCUGAUCAGCGCCUCGAUCCCGGCAUCUACAAUGCGACUAUCCUUGAACCGCUGCAAGAAGGACGACAUCCCCUUCCAUCAAUCCAAAUGCGGCGUCUGAAAUGGCUGAAGAAGACCUUCUCAGAAAGCCUUCUGCAGACUAUCAGAAAUCGUCUACCUGGGGAAGUGUGCGACAUCAUUACACAAUACUGCCUUCGAGAACGAGCGGUUCAGGUCGUUCGAGACCUCUGGCUCAGAAAGGAUCGGCCCAAGCCAGGGCGUAUCUCCAUUGCCAUAGAUGGCAAGCCUCUUUGGGCUCAGUAUGUGUACUAUGAAGGCAUCCGCCAUGUCAGAUCCCUGUCUCACCAUUCUGUCGGUGGCGACGAGACUCAGAUACUUUCUGAGUCCCAGUCCCAGAACCGGGAAAACGUCAAUAUCUUCGCUCUACACGAUUAUCUGGGAGUGGUAGACCUCAUCGCGACCUCUGGUCAAGAUGUGCCGUCAAAAGAGGAAGAGCCUGGAAGAUGGUGGACAUUGUUCACGCCCAGCAAGAUGCCUUUUUAUCUAAAGGCAAGAUUUGAUGGGAUCAAGCUUCGGGGCCUGGCAGCCUACAAGUACGCCAAUGAUCAGCCGAGGUUUCCAGAAGAUCAUCGGUGGUCAGUACUACCAACCACCUUAGAUCCUAUGCGAGGGCGUCUCGACUGGUACUUCAGUCAACGCCAGUGCCAUCUGUCCCACCGAGACGACAGCGUGUCCCUGGACGAAUUCCUCGAGGCACUAUCGCAAGAACCCGCCCCCGGAAUGCCACGCCCGGGUUAUGCGGUAAAACCGUUUUCGGUCCUCGUGGGAAGAGGAGUUAGCGCAAUGGAGGAUUGGAACGUCGAAAGAAGGCAAUGGCAUUGA